UUAGCUGUUCUCUGCAUACAGAACAGAAGGACGGUUUGUCCCCAGGGAAAGACGCUAUUUCAGACUUCACUAAGGAGUUAUCUAACAUGUUUCAACAUCCCCAACUGUUGCUCUGCUUUUUUUAAAGAUAUCAGUCUGAAUUUGUUUCAUUCGCAACUGGAGACUAAUGACACCAAGCAAAAUCUACUGUUAGGUUAGAUUACAAGGACACUGUAUGUGAGGGAGAAAACAUGAAGACUACAUGUUUGCUCUAUUAUUUCCUGCUUGUCUGUCUUGGUGUUCAUUUUGUUCAAAAUGAAACCAAUGGAAUUCCCAGAAGGCAAAGAAGGAGAAUGCGUUAUAGAGGACUAAGAAAGGGUCCCUCAUCACACCACAGGCUUAACAGACAACAAAGGGUUAAGCCGUUGACUGCUGACAUUGUAGUACCAAGGAUUCCCCUUAUUAAUAUUGAUGACAGCAUUACAGAAGUAUUUGAUUCUCUUAUAGGUUUGGGUGGAAAAGAAUCCAGUUACAAUGUUUUACCAGGAAAGAAUGGUCGCUGUAUAGCCAAUGGAAUGAUUAUGUAUGAUAAGGCCAUGUGGUCCCCCACGCCCUGCAUUACUUGUCUGUGUUCAAAAGGAAAAGUGAUUUGUGAUGAAACCGUAUGCCACCCUCUAACAUGUCAAAAAACUGUGAUACUUGAAGGAGAGUGCUGCCCAGCUUGCUCUGAGAUUGUGCCAAACAGUAUUUCACUGGAUGACACAUCUGCAUUUUCUGGUGAUUCUCCAGAACCCAAUGACCCUAGUAACCCACUCCUACUGCAAACACAACUGACCCAAGCUGAAAGUGAUGAGUUACUUAGAAGAGAAGAGGAUGAACUUAAGGAGAAAGAAAUCCAUAAAAAGGUUGAGAACAAAAAAAGUAAAGGAAAAACACCUCAGAAAGUUAAAAGAAGACAACAAUAUGAAGCCCAUCAAAAAUCAGAGGAAAUAAGCAGAAGAGAAGAAGCAGCAAAAAGAAUAUUUGAAGACAAAGAACUGCAAUUUGAAAGGGAGGAAGAAAAAAAGGAAGAAAAAUAUGUAGAGCAAGAAGUAAUACAACGUAAUAGUGAAGAGGAAGAGGAUGAGCACGGACAUAUUUUAAGAGGUGAUGUUUUCAGAAUGCCACUUCACUUCCCAAUUCCUGUUCCUUCAGCAGAAGUUCCUCCUUUGCCAAAGGGAUGUUCAAUCUCUGACACAACAGUAAGCUGCAUUAAUGCCAAACUCACACAAAUACCACCAAUUACAGAUCCAGAACUAACAAGCUUAGAGCUUGCAGGAAAUGUCAUCACUGCCAUUCCAGAUGAAGCAUUCAAUGGAAUCACUAAUUUGGAAAGGAUUGACCUUAGUAAAAAUAACAUUACCUCUUCAGACAUAGGUCCACGUGCAUUCAAAAUCCUGAAAAAGUUAAAACGUUUGUAUUUGGAUGGAAAUUUACUAGUGCAUAUCCCCCCUGAAUUACCAUCAACUUUAGAAGAACUUAAAAUAAAUGAAAACCAUCUCCACGCAAUUGAUGAAGACAGUCUAGAAGAAUUAAAAAAUUUGGUGACGCUGGAAUUAGAAGGCAAUAAACUUAGUGAAGCAAAUACCAGUCCUUUGGCAUUUAAUCCUUUGAAAAGCCUGUCUUACUUGCGCCUGGGAAGAAAUAAGUUUCGAAUUAUCCCACAAGGUCUUCCACCUUCUAUUGAGGAAUUACAUCUGGAAAAUAAUCAAAUUGAAGAGAUUUCAGAAAUUUGCUUUAACCGUACCAGAAAUAUAAACCUCAUUGUGCUAAAGCAUAACAAAUUGGAAGAGGACAGAAUAGCACCUUUGGCUUGGAUUAAUCAAGAGAACUUGGAGUCUAUUGACCUUUCUUACAAUAAGUUAUAUCAUGUUCCCUCCUAUCUGCCAAUAUCUUUAUUGCACCUCGUACUCAUUGGAAACCAGAUAGAGAGAAUUCCAGGAUAUGUGUUUGGUCAUAUGAAGCCAGGGCUGGAAUACCUCUACCUUUCCUUUAACAAACUUAAUGACGAUGGAAUAGAUCCAGUGUCCUUCUUUGGAGCAUAUCACUCUUUGAGAGAGUUAUUUUUGGAUCACAAUGAAUUAAAGUCUAUACCAUUUGGAAUUGCAGAAAUGAAAGCAUUAAGCUUUCUGAGGCUGAACAACAACAAAAUACGGACAGUCCCUUCAGAACGCAUCUGUAGAUCUAACAUUGGUGAUGAUAUUGUUGAUGACAGUAAUGAGGAAGAAGAGGAUGGAGAUUCAUGUUUGGAACAUCUUCAUCUUGAAAACAAUUACAUCAAUGCAAGAGAGAUUUCACCUUAUGCAUUUUCCUGCAUAAGAUCCUAUUCCAGUGUUGUGCUGAAACCACAGAAGAUCAAAUAAACACCAUACUUUUUGAUGCAAAAUUUAUUUUUACAUCUGUAAUGACAUUAUUUAUUCUCUAUCACAUGCUCCAAUCAAGUUAAUUCCUAGUUAAAAAUGUGUCUUGGCACUGUAGCCACAAUUAACGCAAAUUAUGUACCAAAAGUGGUUUUUGAUGAAGUAUGUCACCUAAAAGCUGUUUGAUUUGAUGAAGUAUGUCACCUAAAAGCUGUUUGACUUGUUUAGUUUAUCCUGUUACACAUGCAUACACACACGCAAAAAACAGUGAUUAGAUUAGGGUCUCUUAAAAUUCUCUUGAUAGUAUUUCUGUUUAAAUACUGUAGACCUAUUUGUACUCUCAGUUACACCUAAGCAGAUCUGCUGAAAACUGCAAGAACAGAUAAUGGCCAAUAUACUUAACUUGCCAUAUCUAGUCUGACUUCAUGGAUUUAAAAACCAAAUAAAUUAGAUUGUCUACUAUUUGUGUCAUAUUCAAGAAAUACAUGAUAGAUUGCUUAAAAACUGUAGUGCUGGAGAAACAAAUUGCCGAAAAUCUUGUAGUGUUAAACUACCUUCUACUUAGAAUUUUAGGGAGGAAGUGCUUAAGAUCUUAAUAUAGUUACAAGUUUGUUCUUACGUAAAGAUUUUUCUGUAGAAUAAAAAACAGAAAGUUCAGUGCUAAUACUAUAAAAGAACUGAAACAAUCUAUAUAAAAAAAUAUUUGUAACAUUUCUUUUUACCUAUGUAUGCUUCCUACCUAUAGCUGUGCUUACUUAAAGAUACAAUGCUAUACAGAAAAUGUAUACUGUAGAAAGUACUGGUAAAUUCAUUAUGCUGUUUUUGAUUUCCAUAAAUAAGUGCAGCUGAAAUGUUUCCAGUUAAUGUAAAAUAAGAAUUUUAGAUGUAAAUUGAUGAAGGAAUGUUUAAAUUUUUCAUUUUACCUUAUUAGCAGUAGAAACAUUCUAUGAGAAAUGCUUAUAAAUGAGCUUCUAAUUCCCAGGAAAGUAGUUAAGAUUUAAGAGAUUUUCAACCACUUGAAGAUUUUGGUCACCAUAAGAAAAGGAAAGAAGCAUUCCAUCUUAAAAUUUCUUCUUAAGUUUCUCCUUAAAUAUUUUUAAUACUUGGUACCAGAGUACUCUUUUAAACAUAAUACUUGAUAAUUUAUUAUAUAUAGCAUAUACAAUGUGCCCAACAUACAGGCUACUUGUUUUCUCUAACAUUAUACAACCAUUUGUCUAUAAAACCAGAAUGCUAUAAAUUUAUCUCUAAACCUGCUCUCAUAAAAUUAAGCUAUACAUAAUAAAGCCCAAACAAUUUAUUUGAAUGUGAAACAAAUUAUUUACAAUUUUGUGCAUUUUUUUCGUAAAAUUGGUAUGGUAUAUGGCCCUUCUGCAGAAAGACUGCAUUGGGCAUUUUGCUUAAGUAUAGGCCAUUCAGAAAAAAUGACACACAUUCUCAUGCCCAGUGUUCUGUUUUUCACAGAUUUAUUUAAUAAUUUAAAAUCUUUUGCAUUUCUCUAUAUUGAAUGUUUUAUUUACAUCAAUCAGAUCAAGGAUACGGGCAAGCAUUCAUUUAAAGCAUUUACAAACUCUGCUGUAAUUUGAAGUGCUUUAAAUUUGGAGUUUUUCAGCAUUGUGCAACUAUACAAUCCUUUUUCUAUCAGGGGCACUUUAAAAUGGCUGCAAAAGUCCAAACUUUUGUGUUGCGAGAAGAUUACAAAUAAAGGACUUGUUUUGUUGAAUCUUGA